CCGAGAAGUGUAAUGUUCCGGAGGAAGGAGAUAUACAUCAGUAUCACUGUCAACGUGACACGACACCAGUAGGGAGGGUCUGCCCACCACUCAUACCUCGUAGACAAGCAAGGUACAGAGUCCACAGACUUGAGCUGAAACAAGAUUCAACAAGGGAAAAUGAAGACCUCACACAUUGCAGCGUUUCUGGUUCUCACAGUCGCAGCAGCUGCUCGGCACCUGCAGAAGAGGGACUGGGUUCCUCCCCUGGACUGGGCUCGGUGUGACGAGCUGGAGCGGCAGUGUAAGAACAAUCUGUCAGUGGUCGGGGAGAUACUGAAUGGUCAGGGACUCAGCACUUUGAUCUCUGGCGGCGCCUUGACCAUCGACUGCUCGCCAAGCAGACUGGCAGCAAACCAUCGGCGCAUGCGUGAAGUGGGGGGUAUUUGUCGCAGCAACCUCGACAUUGAUGUCCUGAUAUAUACCAACGUGUACAAGUACAUUUGCACCAACAGCCAAGCGUUCAUACAAGCUGAGGGGUGCUUGGGGAGUAGAAUCCUGUCUGAGACGAGACGUCGGUGCCAUAUCAGUUCCAGAGAUUACGAGGCCAAAUGUCGGGAAGAACCUGUUUGCAUCCAAACCCACCUGAGUAACACAGUAGAAUGUUCCUUGUCUGGAGCGACCCCAGAGCUGAUGGGGAACAUGACCAGGCUACAAUACAACUCCUUCUUGGACAACUGUCAUUACUUGAUGGAGUGAGCUGUGUGUGCGGAUGCAGUUGUUACAGUGAGAUGAGAUUCGAAUUCGGAAAAAAACUAUCAAGACUGCUGAUUUACGAAUAAAUGAAAAAUCACAUUGU